AUGACUGCAAAGACGUUACUUGACGAACGAUCGAGAUGUCCUGAAGCGCUCGAUGGUGACAAGUUAGUUGCUUCCCUUAGACAGCUUUCAAGAGGACUUUUAUUACCAGAGUCAACAGACUUUGACGCUAUAGUGGCCAAGAUAUUGUCAAGUCUCCCGCCUAGCGUACGACGCUCGGAAUUUGUGCAGUUCACAGGGGAAAUAUUGGUAGCAAUGACAACAACGCAUCCUGAUUUUGGAAGGCUUGCGGCACGAUGGGAAGUCUUCAAUCUUCACAAACGCAUGGGAAGCGUCACAUUCACAGAUAAUUUGACCGCUAUUAGGGAAUUCAGAUCGCCAGAGAGCGGGCCACCAGCUGCCAAAAGGCCUAAAGUUGGUACCAAGCAAGCAACUUCUAAGAAAGUGAUUUCUGACAGUUUUUAUGAACUUGCAUUGAAGCACCAAGAUGUGCUCAAUAAGGCUAUUGUACCUGAAAGAGACUUUGACUUUUCAUAUUUUGGCUGGAAGACAUUGUCCAAAUCGUAUUUGAUUAAGCACGAUAAUGAAGAGGUCCACGAAACGCCUCAGUUUUUGUUUAUGAGAGUAGCUUUGGCCAUUCGAGGUCCUCAGGGUGAUUUAAAGGGUGUUCUGGAGACAUACGAUUUGAUGUCACGCAAAUACUUCAUUCAUGCCUCACCAACACUUUUCAACGCGGGUACAGUAAACCAAUACUUGUCGUCGUGUUUUUUAGUAGGCAUGAUGGAAGAUUCAAUUGAUGGAAUUUAUCGUACGCUCCAUAAGACUGCCAUGAUCUCAAAGGGCGCUGGAGGAGUUGGCAUCCAUGUAUCGAACAUAAGAGGAACAGGUGCGUAUAUAUCGGGUUCCAAUGGAACUUCGAAUGGUCUUGUACCAAUGUUGAGAGUCUUCAACAACACUGCGAGAUAUGUUGAUCAGGGAGGAAACAAACGCCCAGGCGCUUUUUGCAUAUAUUUAGAGCCAUGGCAUUCGGACGUUUUUGACUUUUUACAGCUUCGCAAAAAUCAUGGUAAAGAGGAGUUAAGGGCUCGCGAUCUUUUUUGCGCAUUAUGGAUUCCAGAUAUCUUCAUGAAACGUGUCCAGGAAAACGGUUCCUGGUCUUUAUUUUCACCAGACGAGGUUCCUGGGUUACAGGACUGCUAUGGCGAUGAAUUCGAAAGGCUCUACGAAAGCUAUGAGGUCACUUUGAAGCCUAGAAAAGUUAUAAAAGCUCAGAAGCUGUGGAGCGAAAUUUUACAGAGUCAAGUUGAGACUGGUGGUCCGUUUAUGCUUUACAAAGACUCUUGUAAUGAGAAGUCUAACCAAAAAAAUCUCGGUACAAUCAAAUCUUCGAAUUUGUGCUGCGAAAUCAUUCAGUAUAGCUCGCCAACGGAAACGGCUGUGUGCAACUUGGCAUCUGUGGCGCUGCCUUCUUUCGUCAGCAAGAAAGGCAGUACAAUAGUUUUUGACUUCAAAAAGCUUCACGAUGUGGUCCAAGUUGUAACUAAAAAUCUGGACUCAGUGAUUGAUGUCUGUGAUUAUCCUGUCAAUGAUGCUGAAUACAGCAACAAGAAAAACCGGCCUCUCGCUAUUGGGGUUCAAGGAUUGGCUGACGUUUUUUACAUGAUGCGUUUACCAUAUGACUCACAAACUGCUCGCAUUUUGAAUCGGCAGAUUUUCGAAACGAUGUAUCACGCUGCCAUUGAAAUGUCGAUUGACCUUUCAAGAGAGAAUGGUUCUUAUCCAAGCUUUGAAGGAUCGCCCGUGUCGCAUGGGCUUUUCCAAUUUGAUAUGUGGGGUCUGAAUGAGGAAAAGUAUGACUUUUUGUACACUGAUUGGGAGUACUUGAAAGGUCAAGUUAGAAAAUAUGGCAUAAGAAAUUCCCUUUUAAUAGGUCCAAUGCCCACCGCUUCGACUUCUCAAAUUUUAGGGUUCGUGGAGUCUUUCGAGCCGCUCACUUCAAAUAUCUAUAAUAGGAGAGUGCUCAGUGGCGAGUUCACCAUCAUCAAUAAAUUUAUGGUUGAGGAUUUCCGUCAUCUUGGAGUGUGGGAUGAGAAGCUGAAAAACCGAAUCAUUGCCGAUGAGGGUUCGAUUCAGAAUAUAGAGGGUGUUCCUCAGGAAAUGAAAGAUUUGUACCGGACGGUUUGGGAAUUGCCACAGCGAGCUCUGAUAGAUUUAUCUGCUGACCGUGCGCCCUUUAUUGAUCAGUCGCAAAGUUUAAAUCUCUAUUUGAAAGAGCCCACAAUGGGCAAGCUCACGAGCAUGCACUUUUACGCAUGGAAAAAGGGCCUUAAGACUGGAAUGUAUUAUUUGCGUACUCAGGCAGCGUCAGGAGCAAUCAAAUUCUCUCUUAGCGAUGAGACCACCUUGAAAGGAGCAGUUGAAAUUAGAGAAGGUGUGGAAACGGAAAAGGUAACCAUUGGAGCCCACUAUCCUGAGAUGUGCGACUCCAAAUUAGAGUUUGGAACUCCCGGUCCGGACUUGCUGGAACAGUCACAGGAUACAAGCAACACCGGGGAAAGCUUUGCGGGUCGAAGCGAUAAAUUUGGAAUUCACGAUUCUACGCCAAUUACCUGUACAAUGGAUAAAGCAGCGGACAAUUGCGAAAGUUGUUCUGGGUAA